AUGACUUUACCGCCACCACGUCUUUACAACACUCACGUCACCACCACCACGUUCCCACCGCUACCUCCACGUCUCCACCACCUCCAAGACCACCAUGUAACCCUCGCCAUAACGUCUCCGCCAGAACGUCUAUUCCACGUCAUAAAAGCCAGCACGAUUCCACCGCCACGUCUCUAUAACCAUCUCCAAACAACCACAACCAGAUCUUCACCACAACCACAUGACCACCACGACAUCACAAAGUCCCCACCGCCAGCACUUCUCCUUCGCUACAAUCACCACGUGACCACUUCCACCACGUCUCGACCACCAACACCAGAAUGUCUUCACCGGUACCACGACUUCACCACUGCCUCCAAGACUGCUCCACUGCCAUCAAACCACAACCACCAACUCGACGUCUCCACAAGAACCAAAACUGCCACGUCCCUUCCGCCACCAAAUCUCCGCCAUCACAACCACUUUCCCACAGCCACAACAUCUCCGCCAAAACCACCACCACCACCACCACAACUCUCCCGUCAAACACGUCUGCAAACCAACCAUAUCACGAACGACACGAUCAUUUCUCAACCUCCACCAGGUCUACAGCAGCACUACCACGCUGCAACUGCCAAAACACAUCCAUCAACAUUUCACACAUUGCUGUCUCCACCUCUCCACGAAAUAGGACGAUAUCAUUCACCGAAAACCUCGAGUCCGCGCAGACACCGGUCGGGCCAGAGACACCGACCCGGUCAGAAACCAGUCCAUCCAGACACCGACACGGACAAACACCAGUCCGCCCAGAGACGCCCGAGGACACCCCGGUCCUGGCAGACACAGGACCGGUCGGACACCAGUGUGGCCAGACCCCGGCGAGCCCACAGACAGGCACGGGAACACAAAGACCCGGGCAGACACCGACCAGGACAGACAACGGCCGGGCCAUAG